AUGGCCUCUGUUGGUGUUGUUCUAAUGCUGCUGCCUGUUACGUGGGCAUGCGCUCCCCAAAAAGCAGAUUAUGUGAUGGUGUCAUGUUUCCCCAAUGCCAUCAUUGCUAAUGUCCCAGAGUGUCCUUAUGGCUGGGAGAUUGGCCAGCUGUCUUUAGGUGGGGUCUGCUACAAUGGAGUGAACACCCCAGGUUACUUUCGUUUUACCAUCCCUGACCUGACCCCCAAAAACCACUCUUAUUGUGGGACUCAGGCUGAGUACAUACCUGGCAAAGAUCCCAAGUACAUUUUCCACAAUUACAUUGUGUCCAACGAUACGUCGCUAACAGUCAGAAACCAGCCAGUCAACUAUACCUUUAGCUGCACUUACCGAGCCGCCUACCUAGUCAAUAAUGCUGUCUUCAGUCAGAGAGUGGCCACAGUUUUUGUCAACAACGGGAGUGUAGGCACUUUUAGAUCGCAGUUGUCUAUGAAUGUGUUCACGAAUUCCAAGUUCCUGUAUGCUAAGGAUGCCCCUUAUGUGAUUGACACAUCUGAGAUUGGCUCUGAGGUCUUCAUCGGCCUUGAGGCAAAAGGACUCAGUAACAGAUUUAAAGUUGUAAUAAACAACUGCUGGGCCACUCCUACCCCUUAUUCAACAGACAGGAAGAGAUGGAGUCUCAUCAUUAACAGCUGCUCAUCUGACAACACUGUGACCAUUUUUGACAAUGCCAAAGACAGCCGCUCCAUGUUCAAGUUCAACUCCUUCCGUUUCCAGCGGCUGGAGAAGGUGUCGACCGUCUGGCUCCACUGUGAGGUCCAGGUUUGCGAUGGAGAAAGACUCAUCUGUCAGCCGAGCCCCUGCUCGGCCAGGAGUCUCUCAUCUGAGGUAGAAUCAAGUGGGGGCAUCCUCACCACCGAGUUUCAAAUUAAAGCUAAUGGGCCCUCAGAUGACGGAAACAUAGCAGGCACAUCUCUAUGUCUCCUGUUGGUGGUCCUGAUAAACACUUGUCUUGGUUUUGGACCAUCACUGUAG